AUGUCAGGAUUUGUUUCUACUGGGGACCCCUUGAUAGAUGCAUUGUUAGCAGCUGGGCUUAUUGGUCCAUUCGUGACAUAUUCAGAUGUUUCGGCAAGCACGGUAUUCCUCUACGAUUACCUCCUCACACUCUCUAUGGAAAUCGACCUGAUAUGGCGCUCACCUUGGAAUGUCAUUAAAAUUAUAUUUAUUAUUCAAAGAUACUUGCCAUUCAUUGACACUUGCUUUUUGACAAUCUAUCGACAACUUGGUAAACUUACAAUAGCUCAGUGCGAAAUUCUGCCAUACUUUAACGGCUUCAUGUAUAUGUUUGGACUAGCCCUUUCUGAAAUUCUCCUCAGCAUCCGUGUGUGGGCAAUUUGGGAUCGGAACAUGAAGCUGGCCUACUUUCAAGCCGUUUUGUUUGUAAUUAUAUGGUCUCCGGCCUUUUAUGCGAUGUACGCAUAUGUCUCGUCUUUGCGAUACGCCAACCCUCCUGCAAACUUGCUUGAUUAUAGAGGGUGUUUCAUCGUGGACGCCAAAGAAUAUGUUCUCUGGUCGUGGGUCGGAGUUUUGCUGUGGAAUACAGUAACCCUAACUUUCACCUUGAUACACAGUUUCCGCUCUUAUCGAGCUGGGCUAGUUUCAGGACUAGCUGCCGUCAUUUACCGCGAUGGUGCCUACUUUUAUGUGUAUCUUUUCAUUUUCUCGGCUUUAAAUAUUGUUUUUACGACCACACUUCAGGCAAGAAUUUAG